AUCGUUUCUCGGCGCGCUGUUUGGUGAUCGCUUUCCUUUGCGUCGUCUAACGGGGGCUCAGAACGCCCAGCAUCGCACAUAUCAACCCAUUGUCCAAGGUAAAUAUUACAGUUUAAUUAUUAGAGUUAAGUUACUAGGCUGCUGCCGUGUACGAUGAGGCUUCAGUGCCUUCCGUACACACUGCCACGGCACCGCCACGACGCACUUGCAUCUCUCCGGCCUCUCCCACCCUUUUUAGGGACAUCUCGAAGCAAAUGUGUUCACUGCUACUAUCAUUUCUUGAGAGAAGUAGAACACUUGAUGGUUAAAAUGGUUGAUGCUGUUAUUGGGCUCUGGUGGAGCCCUUGGUAGCAAUGACGGUAGCCUCCGGCUCUCGAGCUCACCGAUCUCAUGAUGGAGAGUGGUGGAUCGUCAAUUCAGCUGGGAGAGGUUUAAUGGUGGAGAUGACAAGUCAAGUGUGUGGAUCUUGGCACUAGGCAGCCCACAUAGCACAGCAGUUUGGAAGCUUGUAAGAUGACUCACUUGUUGCAUGUGCAAAUGUGUCUGGAUAUGUAGAAGAUGAACGUCAACAUGGAACGAGCCAGCUUCACGAGCUUGCUUGAUCAAGCGCAGUUCGGCGGAGCGUUGCAGCAGCCGCUGAUGCACGCAAGCCACCAAGCCACACCGGCGUACACACUCCAAGGCAUGGUGUCACAGCCGAUGUCUAUUGGAGCUCCGCAGUUCAUGAAGCAGCAGCCAGUGCAGCAAGCCCCAACUCCAGCUCCAGUAAAGCUUCCUGCAGACCAAUCGGUCCCUAACGUACUUCAAAACAUGAUGAGCCGUAGUAACAGCUCCAAGUUGACGCCGUCAAGUGCCGAGGCUUCCUUGCUGUCCCUUGUGGACGGCGAGCUUCGCGUGUCUUCAAUCUCUAACCUCCCGAUCUUCCUCAAGGUUCUACCCCGUUGCAAAACUGAGCCAGAGCAAACGCUGGGGUUAGUGGUGCUCCGUGCCACUUCCACUGCAAGUGACACCAAGCUAUCUCACGCCUGUGCUGCUACCUUUGAGAAGAGUGGCGGCCUGCGUCUUGCACGUGCUUGGGUCGAGUCAGCCGUCACCUGGCAACACAAUGACCUACUGGUUCUGCUCUUAGAAGUGCUGCAGACUCUACCGUUGCAAUUAACUAGUAUUACGGAAGCACGUAUCAAUGAGCCCAUUGUCAAGUUGCGCAAGAAUGCUCGCGAUGAGCGAGUCAAGCGUGCUGCUCAGGAUCUUCUCAAGUUUUGGCGUAGCAAGUUUACUGAGAAAGAGAAGUCCUCGUCGCCUUCGUCGGCGCCGAAAGAGAAGGUCCAGGACUCUUCCAACCUGCCCUCUUCAACGCAUGCCACUAAGUCGACACCUUCGGCUCCUUCUACUUCAGCGAAGCCUGUGCCGGUGAAGCAGUCGAAGGUCUUGAAGAAGCGAACGAUCAAGCGCUUAGAGCGACUACCGUUUGGUGGUGGCAGUGCAGUUUCCAAGUCCAGUGACCUGAUUGGGAACCUCAUGCAACGAAAGUCAGCAAAGGACGCUGCUGCCCAAGCUAAAAAGAAGAGUAAGAGUGUCGAUAGUAACAAGUCCGAAGACGUGAAGAUUGACGAGUCUCCGUCAACGUCCAGUAACGAGAGCACCACCACCACAAGUAGCGUUGAUGAUACGCUGUCCAUGCCUCUUCCUACGAUCCAGAGCUUUAAAGCCGCUGCAACGUUGAGCUCGUCGUCAAAAGAACGCAAGCGCAUUCGCUGGGCAGAUGAAAGCGGAGAGGAGCUCGUGAAGGUGAAACUUAUCGAGUCGUGGCGGGAUCUUGUGCCGCACGACCCUCUGCACGAAGACCAGUCCUUCAAGGAUGCUAAACUCCGUGAACACGCUAACGAGCGACAUGCGUUGCUUGCUCAACACCACAAGGUACCGCCAGCAGUGGCUGCUGCUCACUCGCGUGAGUGGACUACGCCUGCAUUUAUUCGUCUGCCCGAAGCGGUGGCAGCGCGAGUGAAUAGCAACACUAUUACGGACGAGAUGCAUGUCCAGGACAGUCGUCGUCGUCAUGUGGAUGAGUAUGAGGUGUUAGCUGGCGAGAUGCCUAUUCAGAGUCCUAAGGAGUGGGAACGAGUGAAUGAGCCUCACCGCGGACCACCAUUGGAGAUUCCAUUGAGUGAUGUUGUCGAAAGUGAGCCUAGUAACCAGCCUCUUCCGACUUCUAUGGCACCACCAACCUCAGAGGGAUAUCCUUAUGGCCAGACUGGCUAUGGUGGUCAGCGUGGUUUUAACGAUCGUAGUGAGUACAAUGCUCGUCAAGACCCCGAAGCAGAUCGUAAGCUGCGUGAGGCUCUUGGUCCGCUACAGGAGAACACAGUUGCGCUAUUGAUGGACAACCCAGACGUCGUGCCGCAGGUGCUCGAGGAGGCACAGCGUCACGGCAAUCAUAUUCCAGAUGCGCGUGUGUUUGAAAUUGUGGAUCAGUAUCGUCGUGGACGCUUUCAAGUGCCACCUAAUGCUGGCGUUCCGCCUGCGUAUAGUCCUUACGGUAGUCAACAACAGUAUGGAGAGAUGGGUCCUGGCGCGAACUAUGAUCGCCAGUAUCAACAGCAGUAUCCGCUUCAACAAGGCCCGCCUGGUGUGCCCUUUAUUCCUGGAAAGCGGAAAGCGGAUGCCAUGGGCGCUCCGCAGAACGGCAUGAUGCCUGACGCUGCCAAGCGGCCGUCAAAGAAGAACCGAGGCACGCUGCCUUGCAGGUUUUUUGCCUCACCAAUGGGUUGCAAACACGGCGGCAACUGCCAUUACGCGCAUGUUCAGCCGGCGCCUGCUAACGGCCCCGAACUUAGUGGUAUUUAUAACAACAAUGGCCCCAUGAUGGGCGGCCGAGGUGGCGCUGGCCCCAUGAUGGGCGGCCGUGGCCCUGGUCCUAUGGAGCGAUAUGGCCCUGUUCCAAGCCACCACAUGCGUGGAGGAAGGUGAUCAAAUCAAAAUCUCGGGAAUAUAACGAAUCGUCUAAACGUCAAAACCCAGCCUUUAGUCGCAAUCUUCAUGUGGGAAGAGAAGCACCCACUGCUUCAUGGUUCCUAUGUUGCCCGUUGAAGAAUACACACUUCGGAAGACGCUAUCUACACAGCAAACGCUUAUCUAAAUAGUUCAUGUGAAUAUUACCUCUAUGAUGCUCGAGAUAGCGCUUCAGUUCAUAAGAUUCUCAAAAGACUAAAAUACACGUGAUAAAACAACAUAA